AUGGUGAUUAACAAUUAAGUAGAUCAAAGUGGAAAAUUCUAUAAUGAAUUUGACAAUCCUACUAUUAGGGAUUUCGUUAUCCCCUCAAAUCCAGAAAAAAUGAUUUUAGGAUAACAGUAAGGAGUGUAAAAUUUGAACUCUACACUUAACUUCACAAAAAUACUCGAAGUCUAUUAAUAAGAUAGGAAGCAACACAACAUAAAAUUUUAGCUAAGCCUAGUUGACUCUCAACCUUCCUUAACUUAAACUGCAUAAGCUGAUUUUUAUCAAGAUGAAAACGACAAAAUAAAUACGAGUAUUAGGAAUCCUGGAAUUCUUUAGAAAUAAUACAUAGUAAAAAAAUUCAAAACAAAUCUAAGGAUGAUUGAAGAUGAUGAUGUGAUGGCAAAAACCCAAGUGAUCUAAUGCUUUGAUUAUAAUCUUAUUGAUAAAAAAGAUAAUUUCGAUAAAAAUAAACACUAAGCUUCAGACUCAGAUUCAUCAAGUUAAAACUAAACUUGGUAGAAGAAAAAAGAAUGCACUUUGAUAGAUCUAAUUAGGUUUUUGGAAUGUAAUCAAGGGAACUAUAAAUCAUUAAAUAAAGAUAAUGAGAAAGUAUUAUAUAUCAGGUAGAAUGAUUAAAAAUUACUUAAACAAGAGAAAACUAUCUAAUAAAACGUUGAUUAAGUCUAUGAAUAUCAUGGGUUGAGCAUGAAUAAUCGUUAAAAAAUGGUUAAUUGGAUGCUAUAGGUAUUGAGAGUCCUUGAAGUUGUUUCAACUAAGACAUUUAUACUGUCGGUUUAAAUAAUGGAUAAAUACUUUCUUAGAAACUAUGAGUUAUCUAAUAGGCUAAGAAAAGAAGAUAUUCACUUAAUAGGUAUUACAAGUAUUUUUAUGAGUUCGAAAUUUGAAGAUGUAUCUCAUAUUGAAAUAGAACAAUUAGUAAGUAAGGCUGGUCACAUGAAAUUUACAGAAUAAUAAAUAAUAACCAAGGAAGUCGAAAUACUAAGGACUUUAGGGUUUAAACUUCUCAUGGCUAGCAUAUGUGAUGAUGCUCAUUCAGAGUUUUCAUCAAUAGUUUAGAUGUUCCAUUUUUCGGAAGUAGAAUAAGUAAUUGCUUAAUAAGUAGCUAAUCUUAUAGAUUUUCAAUGCUCACUCUUAUAAUUUUGUUCACUUAAUCCUUAUUUAGACUUCUAAUUUUUUGCCAAGCAAAUAGUUAUGAACGCUAUUGAAAUCACAAUAAUGAUUAAUUUUAAUAAGAAAAUAUCUGACAAUAUAAAUGAAGGUGAUUAGCUUUUGAACAAAAACAAAGAUGAUCUCAAAUGUUUAAAUAAGUUUUUCAAGAUCCUUAACUACUUUGAAUAAGAUGUCUAACUUGAUAAGUUGAAAGAAGAAAAAAAGGAGAGAAAUUUAAAAGAUUUAAUAUAUCAUCUCUAUAAUGAUAUUGCUAUUGGGAAAAUUAAUGGUAAACAUCUUCAAAAACUCUACCCAAAUAUGUUCAAAUUGGAGAUGAGUCAAAUUAUUAAGCAUAUUCUCGAUUAGAAAAUACAUUAAUGA